AUGAAAGACAAGGAUGCGGAACGUAAGGAGCGACGCGAAAAGGAUGAGGCCGACCGAAAGCGCCAGGCAGAGGGGUACGAAAAGCAGGUAGCAGUUGCGGCCGAGAUGGCGACGCUCAAAGCCCAGGCUGAAUUCGACAGAGAGAGACGAAUCGAGGCGCAAAAGAAGCAAGAAGAAGCUGAAGAAAAGAUGGCUGCAGCUGAAGAAAAUUGCCGAGAAGAGGAGGACAAGUUGCGGCUGACACAGGCAGAGAAAGACAAGGAAACUCGUUCGGAUAUCACCGAAGCGGUAGACGAUCUACGUGAAGAUAUCCUUGAAGCUGUUAAUUAA